ACAAAAAAAAGAGGAAAGUUAAAAACUGGUCAAGCAGCCUCACUGGACCGCUUGAGAUGGACUGAUCAGUGGGUUGAGACGACACUCAAGAGCUUCCACUGCAGAAUAACGCUGCUGUUAGUUACUGACAUACAGAACUAAUCACAUCUGCGUUUCAAAGCUUUCCACAUCAGUCACUCUGAAAACAAGAUGCACCUUCACUGGAGUCACAGGCGACGCGUAGUUAACCUGUAUUUCUCCAGGAACAUCAAGGAUAGAUGUUCAGCGUUUCUGCCGCCUCGCGCUCCGUUACUUCACUUCAUACAUCAGACGCUCAUAAGUGUGUUUUGUAGGUGUUGGUGGCCUCCACAUGAGUGUCAAACACUCCCAGUUUAUGGGGCAGCCUCACUUCCCUCACGAUUACCCAGACUGCCCUGCAGGACAGCGCUUCCAAUCAGAGCAGGAGGCGGAGCUUCUAGAAAAGUUCAAAAGACGUCCUCCAUCCAAACGCACCAACUACAUCAAACACGGCUGCUUGGCGCCUUUCCGUUGCCCCUGGCAACAGCUGACGGAGGAGUGGGAGGAGCUAGUGAGCACAGAGACGGCUAGCGGCUGCAGAACUGGACCCUUCACUGUUCUGAGGUCAGUCACACGCUACACCACAGAGACGAUCGAUCGCUGUGCCACAUGAUCGUCUCUGUGUCUGCAGGAGUCUGAAGGCGCUGUCGGCGCUCCUCACCUUUGACCCCUGUGGCGGCUGCGGAGCUAUGGCGGGAAUGUGGGUGGAGUCUGGUGUGGGUGCGUCUGCAUCUGUUGAGCAAAGGCCAGCCGGCGCUGCAUGCCCCGACGACCUCUGACCUCCAGCGGCUGCUUCAGGACGCACACAGCAGUGGGCCGCAGGAUCCUGGGCUCAGAGAGCAGCUCAAGCGGGGCGAUGUGAGGAGCGUGCCCCGUGUUCUGCCCCACUGCAGCCGGCUGACGCUGGGAGACUUCUCUCUGGCUGCAGCUGGAGCAUCAGCAGCGACGUGUGUAGCAGUCUGUGCUCAGCAUGACUUCUGUUCUCAUUAGGCUGCUGUUUGAUCACAGACCGAUGCGUGUCGCACCUCACAGACUCAAUAUACGGGAG